CUUGCGGUGGCAGCUGCUGCGCGAACGGUGCAGAGUCCAAAGCAAGCCCCACCAGCUCGCGUGUGUGCGGGCUUGAGGCAUCGCAGGGAACCGUUAGCCGCAGCGCCUGCAUUGUUCAUCGAGCUUAUUAGGCACACCCGGGGAAGUGACUGAACGUCUGGGGUGUGUACGCUGCCCUGGCAACUGGCAACGCGCUUGUGUAAGCCCACAGGACAUUGAAGGGGGUUGAUGUGAUUUUUGGAGAGGACGCCAGCUGCUUUAAGAUGGCCCCCGCCGCCGGCUGCCGGCUGCGGUGAACCGGGAGGGCGCAGCAGCUCCAUGAGUCCUCACUGGACCUCAGAGAACGUCUGUGGACCUUCCUCCUUCGUCUUAGUCCCACUGCGCUGAGGGGGGUGGGCCAUCAUGUCAGCAGCUCAGACUGAGAAAGAGAGCAGCGAAGCAGGCUGGGCCUGUCUGGAGGCUCUAGGCCUGAGUCAGAAGGAGCUGGUCCUGGCCGAGGCCCUGCAGAUGGAAUACGAUGCCCUCUCCAGACUGAAACAGGACAAAAGUGAUCCCCAAAGUGGCCCCGCUGAAUCGCGAGCUUCAAUUCUAUCCUGCUCCGAGACCCCAACGACCUCCAUUGAGCGCCCACGGCCCACCCCCAGACAGCCACUUGCCAACACCACAUGCAUGCUUGGGGAUUCCUCACUCAACCAACCUGGAGGAUCCCAAUCUGCACAGCUACCCCCAGCCAGGGCACCCCCUCCCCAGGGGAGCUACCUCACAGAGUCCCUCUACAUCUUGGACAGUCCAGAGCUGACCAAGGUCAGAGACUAUUCCGGUUCCAGCCCUGUAGACACAGUUAGCUCAAAUUCAGAAGUUCCUCUUAAAAGCCUCCCAACUUUUCCUGAUGACAACCCCCCUGCCGUCCCGCCCAGAAACCCUAUCACUCCCUCAUCGACUGGGUCCGGGAAUCCCUUCGUGGCACACCGCGGGUCCGCCGUGUCCCACAAUGUCAAUCUGUACACCCCAGAUGCAGAUCAGUCCAAAGUGACCUCUGGAGAGCUCAACUAUGACAUCAUCAAUGAAUCACUAUCCCGACUCAACGGGAGCAGGAGGGACCAAUCUGGCAAGCCUGUGGCACGCAGUAAGACCCUCCCUCCUCAAGUCCCGCCCAGGACAUAUGUUCCUGUUCCCAAGAGUAACAAGAGCCAGCGUCGAGUGUCUGCUGACCCGGUGACCCUCGGUUCCAGGAUGAACGGAUUUGGAUAUGAACUCUUCCAAGUGUCUGAGGAGCGAGACGAGGAGGUGGCGGCUUUCUGCCACAUGUUGGAUGUGCUGCGUUCAGCAUAUCCACACAGCGACCGCUCAAAGAACGCAGGCUUUGUGUGGUCGCCGUCGGUGAGCCAAGAGGAACUUCAUCAAGGUCUGGGGGUCAGUGUAAAAGUCACCGUCAUCAGCGGCCACUUCAGAGAGCCUCUCACCUUCACCUGUGACGGCUCAUCCACAAUAGACCUGCUCAUCUAUCAGACCCUGUGUUACGCCCAGGAUGACCUAGACCAUGUGGACGUGGACGACUACUUGCUGAAGGUCUGCGGACAUGACGAGUACCUCAGAAACUCUGAGACUCUGGCAGGUUUGGAGUGUGUCCAACAAUGUUUGAAGUUCGACUGGGACGUCCGACUAAUCCUCACCAAGAGAUCUUCCGCCAACACGGAAUUGUCACGCACGAAAGACGACGACAAAAUGGCAUCGACGUUGAACCACAGCAUCCUGCUGCAGGAGCGUCCCAUCAAACAGACAGUCACGAGAGAGGCUCUGACUCUGCUGCUGGACACAUUCCACAAUGAAGCCGAGUCCUUCCUGCUGUCAGAGGUGGAGCUGCUGCUGCACGUUGAGCGUCUCGUCCAGUCAGUGAAAGCUCUCUGCAACUCGUUGGCGGCGAUGGAGACACCUGAUGUGACAUCUGCCCUCAGCCAGCUCCCCGCCUGUCCUUGUCGCCUGCAGCCCAAAGUCCUGAAGGAUGCCUCAUUGCUGGCUAUCAGAGAGAACAGAGAGAAAGUGGUAGAAAAACUAACAGCGGCCAUCUUGGACCUGGUGGAGUUGUACUGCAGCACAUUUAAUGCCAAUUUUCAGACCACGCCACAGAGCCACUGCUCCACGGUCCCUGUCCAGGAGGCGGGCUGUAUCACCAGCGUGCUGUCCUUCAGUGUCUACGCCGCCCACCGCAUUCCCAUCACUUGGGCUGCCAGUUAUGAGGGUUUCUUCCUGUCCUGCUCGCUGACUCAUGGAGGGGCGGAGCUAUGUGCGCCACAACACACCAGCAAACAGGCGGUCAGCAAAUACCUGUUUCACCUGGUGGUGUGGGACCAGAGGGUUUGUUUCCCGGUGCAGAUCAACCAGUUGCCCAGAGAGACACAGUUGACGGUGACAUUAUAUGCCAGCUCCCUGCCGCCCCCCAGUGGAGUGGAGGAUAAGGGCAAACAGCGGCGUAGCAUCGAGGCUCUGGGCUGGGUCACCAUGCCGCUCUUUAAUUUCAGACACGUGCUGACGUGUGGCAGGAAGUUGCUGGGCCUGUGGCCAUCGACGCCAGGCAGCAGUGGGAACGCUCGCUCCAGCUCGCCAAACUUUAGCCAGCCAGACAGCGUCAUCUUGCAGGUGGACUUCCCCACCAUGUCCUUUGAAGCCCACUUCAGCACUCCACCUGCAGCAGACUUUUGUCCUAAGUAUGACUUUUCCAGACUGGAUGCCAUCAGCCAGAUACAACUGCAGGAUGUUCUGCACAAAAAAGCCUUUUUCUGGUUGAAGCCAGAGGACAAGCGACUUCUGUGGGAGAAAAAAGCCUUCUGUCAGGCGGAGAGCGCAGCCUUGCCACUUGUUCUUGCCAGCGCCCCCUGCUGGCAGUGGGCCUGUCUGCCUGACAUCUACGCACUGCUGAAGCAAUGGGCCUGCUUGGGACACCUGGAUGCACUGGGGCUCCUUCAUGCUACCUUCCCGGACCAGGAGCUAAGGAGAACUGCUGUCCAAUGGAUGGACUCUAUUUCUGACCCAGAGCUGCUGGACUACCUUCCUCAGCUGGUUCAGGCUCUGAAGUAUGAGUGUUACUUGGACAGCUCCCUGGUCCGCUUCCUGCUCCGCAGAGCCAUCGGAGAUGUUCGCAUUGCUCACUACCUCUUCUGGCUGCUGAAGGACAACCUGCAGGACAGUCAGUUCUGUGCUCGCUAUCAACACCUGCUUGCCGCGCUGCUCUGCUGUGUCGGCCGAGGUCUUAGAGACGAAUUUGACCGGCAGUGCUGGCAGGUGUCCAUCCUGGCCAAGGUGGCCCAGAAUGUCAGAGACGCCGCACCGUCCAACAGACAAAACAUUCUUAGAGAAGGUCUGGAGGAGAUGAAGCAGUUCUUCUCAGUAAACAGCAGCUGUAGACUUCCUCUGAACCCGGCCCUGCUGGUCAGGGGGAUCAACAUCCAGUCAUGUUCUUUCUUCAACUCCAACGCUGUCCCGCUCAAGCUGUCAUUCCAAAACCUCGACCCCUUAGGCGACAAUAUCAGCGUCAUCUUCAAGUCUGGGGACGACCUGCGCCAGGACAUGCUGACUCUGCAGGUCAUCCGCAUCAUGAACAAGAUUUGGAUCCAGGAGGGUCUGGACAUGAGGAUGGUCAUCUUCAAGUGUUUCGCCACAGGCAGAGGACGAGGUGAGGACCUUUUUAGUCUAUUUACAUAUGUAUACUCACAAAUGAUUAAACAGGUGUGUUGUCACCUCCACUUAGGCAUGGUGGAGAUGAUUCCUCAGGCCGACACACUGAGAAAGAUCCAGGUGGAGCACGGCGUCACCGGAUCCUUUAAAGACCGACCACUGGCAGACUGGUUGCAGAAACACAACCCCACUGAGGAGCAGUAUGACAAGGCGGUGGAGAACUUCAUCUACUCGUGUGCCGGCUGCUGCGUGGCAACGUAUAUUUUGGGAAUUUGCGACCGACACAACGACAACAUCAUGCUGAAGACCAGCGGUCACAUGUUCCACAUCGACUUUGGCAAGUUCCUGGGACACGCUCAGAUGUUUGGCAACAUAAAGCGGGAUCGAGCACCCUUCGUGUUCACCUCCGACAUGGCGUACGUCAUCAACGGCGGCGACAAGCCAUCCAGUCGCUUUCAUGACUUUGUGGACUUGUGCUGUGAAGCCUAUAACCUGAUCAGGAAACACACACACCUCUUCCUCAACCUCCUGGGCCUGAUGUUGUCAUGUGGUAUUCCUGAACUGUCGAAUAUUGAUGACCUGAAGUACGUCUAUGAUGCUCUGAGACCUCACGAGUCUGAGGCUGACGCUACCAUGUACUUCACCAGGUUGAUCGAGUCCAGUCUGGGCAGCGUGGCGACCAAACUGAACUUCUUCAUCCACAAUCUGGCUCAGAUGAAGUUUGCCUCGGCGGAAGACCAUCCCGCACUUUCCUUCGCUCCUCGAGUCCACACAGCGAAGAGCGAUGGCGUCAUCAGAAACCUCUACAUCUGUCGGCACGUGCGCACAGCCAACAGCGGCAAGGGACACGCCUUUGUGGUGAAGGUGGAACGUGAAGGUCAGCAGGAGGCGCUGCUGGUUCAGAGGACUUUUGAAGAGUUCCAUGAACUUCACAGCAAACUGAGACUUGUGUUCCCCUCUUCCAAACUACCCAGUUUCCCGAGCCGCUUUGUCAUUGGCCGUUCCCGUGGAGAGGCAGUGGCUGACAGAAGAAAAGAUGAGCUGAAUGGUUACGUGUGGCACCUGAUCCACGCAACCCCUGAUGUCUCACAGUGUGAUCUGGUUUACACCUUCUUCCACCCGCUGCCAAGAGAUGAGAGGCCUGUGCCGAGCAGCAGCAAAGCCGAGAUUCCAUGGACUCCAGUUUCUGGAAAAGAGCUUGGUGAGGUCAAACUGUCCAUCUCCUAUAGGAGCGACAAACUGUUCAUCAUGGUCAUGCACAUCCGAGGACUGCAGCCCCUGCAGGAUGGGACGGACCCAGACCCCUACGUGAAGCUCUAUCUGCUCCCAGACCCUCAGAAGACAAGCAAGAGGAAGACAAAGGCGGCAAGGCGCACGUGUAACCCCACCUAUAACGAGAUGCUGGUGUACGAGAGGAUCCCCCGAGGCGACCUGGACCAGAGGGUGAUCCACUUGAGGGUUCUGGGAGAUGGGGCCUUUUGGGACAACACUCUGCUGGGAGAGACAUUGAUCCCCCUCACUAGACUAGUCCCAGGUCAGCACUGGGUGGACUGGCACCAGCUGGGAUGCGCCAACCCAGACUCCGCCCAUUGAGACGGUAACGGUCAGAGGAAUAGAAGGGGAAAUCCUUUCAAAGUAAAAGCCUGUGGUGGCUGGUGCGCUCUGUGUGAGAGUUUAUUGUCAAACUGCUGCAGUGUCACGUCGUUGAAACUAACAUUCUGGUCCCACGACACAACCCCUCUAAUUUAUUGAUUUAAUAAUCCCCAAUUUAGAUCAGAUGAACUCUUUUAAUUUGUCAGAUGUUAAGCUCAGAUAAUAAGUUAUACUAACUUAUUGUUUAUAAAUCAACAGGAGCAAAGAAUGUACACUGUACCGUAUGCUGAAGUCAGCCCCAGUCCAAUAAUGAACUAUUUUUAGACAAAAUGUGAAAAGCACGAGCAAUGACAAAAAUGUCUUCAGGGACACUAUGUCUUUGGGUUCAGACUAAUCACUGAGAGUUGCACUGUUGGAAAUGCAAAGACUGAAAGAUGUAUACGGAGCAGCAAGGAGGAGAAGGUGUUGAUAACUGGCAUAUAGUGAGAUGCCCAAAGGAGGAAGCUCUUUUUGUCUGUGAUUUUUAUACUUUUUAUAGCGUGGUCGCCUGCAUUGUAUUUUAUUUUUCCCUGAUACGCAGCUUGAAUGGGACCAGACUUCCUGUGUCCAGAUGCUCUCUGUGCUGUGAAAGCUAAAGUUUACUGUUCCAAACACCGGUGAAGUAUUAACUUCCAUCAAUGAGAAUAUUAUUGUGUUGGAGAAAGGACCAGAAAAAAAAUUGACUGAAUUGUGUCUGACUGACUGUUCCCAUUCCCAUUCAGCAACAACUUUUUAUUAACUUGAAAUUUUGAUUUUCAAACAUGAUUUUGAUUAUUUGCACUACAAAAUAAAACUUGAACUGAGCAAAGCUU